GUACAUGAAUUUCGCUAUUAUUUUAUUUUAAUCGGAAAAAACUAACUAGUAUCUGCUUCAGAUUUUUAAAAAAAUAUAUAAUCCUGUUUCACAUUAGAAUACUAAACAUUGAAAUGGUCGCAACCCAUUUUGUUUUUAUUCCGUUGUAAUUUUUCUGAUAAAUGCAUUUUUCUGGUGUCCGUAAAUUAAUUUACAAUAUAAUAAAAAAGAACGAAUCCUGACCAAGCUGUUGUUUUUUUUCCAUUCUUCUCUGGCUGGGGCAAGCUAUGUGAAUUGCUGUUUAUCGUAUGCUGUCACGCUGUGUCAUUUCCUGUUAAACUAAAAAUAAAAAAAUAAAAUACAAAAAUACUGGAACGUUAUUUAAAACAAACACCAACAUGUUGGAUGAAAAAGAAGCCAAGGACCUCUUGAAUUUUCUUAAACUGGACAUGCGGCCUGAUCUAAAAGGACAGGCUACAGAGUAUAUCCUGGGCCUCACAGGGAACAAGGACGGCUGCAAGUACCUGGGUACCAAACCUGCUUUGUUAAAGGCAGUCCUGGCCCUUACCAGGGAUCCCUCUGUGGCUGUUGUGAAAGACUGCUACCACACUCUGAUCAACCUCUCUGCAGACCCCGUGGCGCACCAAGCCCUGAUAAAGGAAGCUAAUGUACUACCACCCCUGCUUCACAACCUACUGGAUCCAGGCUAUAUAUUUGCAGACCAGAUCUGCACCAUCUUGACCAACCUGUCCCGAAACAAAGAGACAUGCAGAGAAGUGCUCAGGGCGAUCCAGGACGAAGGGGUGGGUCUAGCUCAGAUUGUAGAGGUUUUCUGUACUGAAGGGUACAAUGAAAAGGCUUCUCUGCAUUAUCUGGGGCCCCUUCUUUCCAACCUGACCCAGCUCCCAGAGGCCAGGUCCUUCAUACUGGACAAAGACAGGUGUGUGAUUCAGAGACUCCUGCCUUUUACACAGUAUGAAAGUUCAGCUGUGAAACGAGGGGGAGUAGUGGGAACGCUCAGAAACUGCUGCUUUGAUUACUCAUGCCAUGAAUGGUUGCUAAGCGAUGCAGUGGAUAUUCUUCCUUUCCUGCUGCUGCCAUUGGCAGGUCCUGAGGAGCUGUCUGAGGAAGAGAAUGAAGGGCUGCCAGUGGAUCUGCAGUACCUGCCAGAAUCACCAAAUACACAGGAAGGACCAGACAUUCGAAACAUGCUCCUAGAAACCAUGCUGCUGUUGACAUCGACGAAGGCAGGCCGUCAGAUUCUGAAGAAGAAGAAUGUCUACCCCAUCAUGAGAGAGUUCCACAAGUGGGAGAAGGAACCGGAUGUCAUGGUGUCCUGUGAGAAACUAGUGCAGGUUCUGAUUGGGGAUGAGCCAGAAACAGGAAUGGAGAAUCUGAUGGAAGUUAACAUUCCAGAGGAUGUGGAGAAAAAGUUCCAGGCUCUGGAUGUAGAGGAGCAGAAACAGAUUGAAAAAGAGAGGGAGGAGCUGUUAAAGAGUGAAGCCGAAGAGAAAGCAGAGGCAGGGAGCAGUGAAGCAAAGAGGGAAUGCAGCGGUGAAGCACUGGCGCGCUGAGGACUUCAGAGGCACGUUAAAGACUAAAGCAUGCAUUAUUAGAGAUGGUUACCCCCAAAUAAUUAAGUCACUUUACCAUGUUCAACAACAAAAGUCUGAAAUUGUAGACACUUAGUCACAGAGAAACAAAGAGCUGUUGGAAACUGGUGAUGCUAUUUUUUUGUGCAUUAAAAAAACAAACAAUAAAUUAAGUAGUUUACUGACUGACCUGGAUUGUUACCUAGAUUAGCACCAAAUGGAGUUGCAAUUAGAAAAUCCAGCCUCAAAUGAAAUAUGUAUUCCAUCAAAUUAAAAAUCUAUUGUGUGCUGAAUAAAGCAUUUUUAGAAAUAUG